AGCCAAGCGGCGGCCGGCGCACCAUGCUGCUCCUCUCGGUGGCCAGCGCAAGGCUGCGCCCCGCUCCUGAGCCCGCCCGCCCGCCGCAGCGGCGCUGAGGGGAACCUGCUUCAGCCGGGGUGAGCGGCCGCGCCGGCCACCUGCGCGGGGCACUGGGCCGCUCGGAUGUGGCAAGAAGCGAUGAUGAGGCGGCGCCGCUAUUUGCUGGAGCGGGCAGAGCAGGCGGCCGACGGGGGCUGCGGGGUGAGCAGCGAGCAGCCCCGCUCCCGGGACUGGCUUUACGAGUCCUACUACUGCAUGAGCCAGCAGCACCCGCUCCUCGUCUUCCUGCUGCUCAUCGUGAUGGGCGCCUGCCUGGCGCUGCUCGCCGUCUUCUUCGCUUCGGGGCUGGAAAUUGACGAUCAUGUGGCAUUUUUAAUAACCGUUCCAACAGCCCUAGCAAUCUUCUUUGCCAUAUUUAUCCUUGUCUGCAUAGAAUCUGUGUUUAAGAAGCUGCUCCGUAUUUUCUCUUUGGUGGUGUGGGUGUGUCUUGUUGCCAUGGGAUAUCUCUUCAUGUGUUUUGGAGGUAUCAUGUGUCCCUGGGACCAGGUAUCAUUUUUCUUGUUCAUUAUAUUUGUGGUAUAUACCAUGCUGCCCUUCAACAUGAGAGAUGCUAUAAUUGCCAGCGUCUUGACCUCUUCAUCCCACACCAUUGUGCUGAGCAUCUGUCUAUCAACUACAGCCAUCAUAAAGGAACACUUGGUUUGGCAGGCUCCAUUGAGCCAUAUUGGCUAGAGAUGGGCCUGAAUCAAAUUCCCAGAUAACACACAAACAGAAGCAGCAAGUCCAUGGCAGCUGAAGAAUUGACUGACAUCUCCACUCACCCCUUUCUGAAUGCACUCAGGAGACUCAUUGGACUCACUUAUGGAGAUCAUGUAUUUUGGUGAUGAUAUCCAUUCCCCUGCUCAGCUGAAGAAGGACACAAAUAAAAAUCCCAUUUCCCAAUACCCCUUUUCUUGGCAGAACUGGUGC